AGCGGGGCCGGUCCCGCCGGUGCAGCCCGCGCUGCGCACGGCGGGCGGAGGGAGGGAGGGGCGGGAGGGGGCUGGGUGGCUCCUGCUGCUGCUGCUGCCGCCACAGCGCUCGCCGCCUCCCCUCCCCCCCGGCGGGGGCUCCUCGCUGCAGCCUCUGUGCUCCGCUCUCGGUCAUGUGACCCUAACGUAACCGGACAGGAAAAGCCGCCGCCGCCGCCGCGCUGACUCCGUUGUUGCUGCUGCCGCUGGGCGCGGAGACGGCGGCGGCCCGCGCAGCACCUGGCGCCUCAGCGGCCUGCGGCCCCCAGAGUGUAAAAAGAUGGAUUUGGCCAACCAUGGACUUAUUCUGCUGCAGCAACUAAAUGCUCAGAGAGAGUUCGGUUUCCUGUGUGACUGCACAGUUGCCAUUGGUGAUGUCUACUUCAAGGCACACAAAUCAGUCCUUGCUUCUUUCUCCAACUACUUCAAGAUGUUGUUUGUUCAUCAAACCAGUGAAUGUGUCCGUUUGAAAGCAACUGACAUACAACCAGAUAUCUUCAGUUAUCUUCUACAUUUGAUGUACACCGGGAAGAUGGCACCGCAACUCAUUGACCCAGUUCGACUAGAACAAGGAAUAAAGUUUCUGCAUGCAUAUCCACUAAUUCAAGAGGCCAGCCUUGCAAGUCAGGGAACUUUUUCUCACCCGGAUCAAGUUUUUCCAUUAGCAUCUUCAUUAUAUGGCAUUCAGAUUGCAGAUCACCAGAUAAGACAUCCCACUAAGGUUACGUCGACGACUGACAAACUCGGGCGAGAACCAAGGCCACAGGCAUCACGAAUGAACCACGAGCAGGUUUCUGAAGGCUCACAGCUCUCACAGCUAGGUACAACUCUGCCACAAGUGAACAGGACAAAUAUGUCCACUUCUGACCCAUUGCCAUCUUCUUUAUCUCCAGAGUUGGUAUCUGCUGCUGGUAAUAACUCACCUGCAGGAGAAGAGGCCAACAUGGAAGCAUCUUCUUCAGAUGAACAGCCUGCCUCACUCACAAUAGCACAUGUCAAGCCGAGCAUUAUGAAAAGGAAUGGAAGCUUCCCAAAAUACUAUGCCUGCCACCUCUGCGGCCGUCGGUUCAAUUUGCGAAGUAGUUUGCGUGAGCACCUGCAGAUCCACACGGGAGUCCCCUUCACAUCUAGCCAGCAGGGAGAAAGUAAUAUUUCUUUGUCCCUCUGCAACAACACAGCCGAUAAAGAUGCUGUGGAAGUACCUGAAGCAGGGAUGAUUAGUGACAGCGAACUGCAGCAGAUCUCAGACUCCCCAAUAAUUGAUGGGCAGCAGCAGUCAGAGACACCACCACCCUCUGAUAUUGCAGACAUAGACAACUUGGAGCAGGCAGAUCAAGAGAGGGAAGUAAAACGACGGAAAUACGAAUGUUCCAUCUGUGGUCGCAAAUUUAUUCAGAAAAGCCACUGGAGGGAGCACAUGUACAUACACACUGGCAAGCCCUUCAAGUGCAGCACUUGUGACAAAAGCUUUUGUAGGGCUAACCAGGCUGCCAGGCAUGUGUGCCUAAACCAGAGCAUGGACACGUACACAAUGGUGGACAAACAGACUCUGGAACUCUGUACUUUUGAGGAAGGCAGUCAAAUGGACAACAUGUUAGUACAGACCAACAAGCCCUACAAAUGUAACUUGUGUGACAAAACAUUUUCAACUCCUAAUGAAGUAGUCAAACAUUCGUGCCAAAAUCAAAACUCUGUCUUUACACUAGAAGAAGAUCGCUCCAUUCUGCUAGGUGGUGGGGACACAGAAGCCACAGAGACUGAUAAUGCAGUGCUAGCCUCCAUCAAAAAGGAGCAGGAAGCAGUGUUGUUAGACUGAAUGUGAAACUUAUAUCAAUUUUUUAAAGUUUCUUUACGUAUUUUUUAUUAAAUCAGUUUUUCCCUCCCUCCACCUCUUGCCUCACCCUUGCCAUCUCUUCGACCAGUCUCCUUCACGCCCUUUGUCUUCAGCAACCAGAACUGUACUGGCACGUUAGAAAAUUGGACUUUGCCUCUCCCACCAAAACAAACAAAAAAGCUUUUGCAUCAAACCUCAACAUAAUUGAUUUUAAUACAAAGGAACAUGGGAUAAAGUAAUCCAGCUAACUAUGCUGAUAGUAUUAGUUAAUCCAAAUUGAAUAGACUUUAAACAAAUUUUAGAUUGCUUAAAAGUGUACUUAGGUACAAUGCUGAGUGUAUCAGUUUGGUAAGCAAAGUAUAUAUAUGUAAGUCUCCCUGGUAAAUGGCAUUUUGAGAAGAUGUGGCAAAUUAUACCAUGCUUUUUGUAAGUCCACAUACAGGUUGAUUAAAAUUACCAUUUAAAACCCUCAGAACUUUUCACAAUGAAUGCAAAAUCUCUGCUCAUCGAGUUAAAAAGAGCUGAGGGUGUUUGGGUUUUUAGCUUUACAUUUUCCUUCAAGUAUGCCUUUGGGUAUCUGUUUCAGUUAGCAUUGAGUCAAGCAAAGUAGUUACUUAGUCAAAUUUUGACUUAAGUAGCUGUAAUGAUAAUGUGAUGGUAAUCUUUACAUGUAUAUAUAUA